UGGCAUAUUCAAUGAUUUUCCUAGGUGGCAGUGUCUAUACUACCUGACAAUGUCCCAAUAUCACAAUAAAUGGUUUGAGAAGGCGUACUUGGAAUCACCAGUAUUACAAGGCAAGAAGAUAUAUCAAGGUGGUAAUAUCGGGACGUACAAAAAAUGCUGCAGCCUUGAACGACCGAAGCUGUACUUGACCUUCAUGGACGAGGAUGGCAGAAGGCUGUCGCGAGUGCGGUUGAUCAAAGCAUGGGCUUGUGCAGCUCAGAAGACACACUUCUUCCAGGGUCUGAUGAGGCGAUUGAUCAGACUGAAAGAGGAUGGAGAGCCGAUCCCAAUAUGCCCUGCAUCUCAACAAGAGGUCAUCGACAGGUAUAUUGAAGUGAGUACUGUGGCGUCGCGUGUGCAGAAAACAAUCGAUGAUGACGGUUGUAAGACAGCGCAUGUCCUUCGUGAGUCGGCGGAUUAGCGUGAUAUACUCAUGCUUCCAGGGAAGACGAUGCCCUCAUCAUGAGUAGAGCUGACGGUAAUCCUUGAUGCUAGGUGAGCUUGCUGGCGCGAUGGUCGCGCUCUCUUGGAGGGAGCGGAAUAGCUACGUUCAAGACUGCUGGAAGCCUGCUGCAGGUCCCAUCGAAUUAUCCAUCAGGCCCGAAAUCAAAAGGUUCGCCGAUAUGAGAACGAUUGACGCAUUAUGUGCCAUAUGGAUACCCUCGCUGUUCAUCAGUGUCGCCCAUGUCACUCUCAGCGAUCACCGCGCUGGCCUGUCAGACAGGUGGCUUGACAUCUGGGAUCGCCUUCAACCGUCGGAAGGUUAUGAGAGGCCACUGGACAUGGGGAGAAUCAGCCCUGUGUUAAGUAACGUCCUAGAUGAGGAAGAUUCAUAUCUAAGGUUUGUUGACAAGUACGGGCGAGCCACUAUUUGGGAUAGGAGCUACGACCGAUCCUCACAUUCAGAUAAAUCUGAGGAUCGCAUACUAUCCCGUUGCAGUUCAAACAGCUCUUCCGUUCUGACUUUGGUCGACGGCUCGACGACUUGCCCACUACACCCAUUACACCAUGAGUGUAUAUUGUCACAUAGGCCUGGCUCUGCCUUCCGACCCCCCCAUCGUUAUCGUCUUGCAGGUAUCAGGCCCAGUCUCUGCCAUCCCUUUACCGAAGACACCGUUCACGUUGGCUAUCGUCUUGGACUACUGGCUUCCAUACCUCCCACCGAGGUGAUGAACAAUUAUCGUAAACGGUACGAUAGUAUAUAUAACAAGUAGUAGCGUGCAUAGAUCGUAGGCAGCCUCGUGAUCCCACGUAUGUACUUGCUACAGACCCCUC